AUGAAUCCAAUUUACGACCCGGUGGUAUUGCUAUUAGAACAUCCUUACAGACGUUGGAGUACAUAUGACAAAAAUGAUUUGCUUAAGGAAGGAUACGCUGAUUUUAAAAAUCUAUCCAGAAGUAUUCUGAGACACGAAAGUUCCAAAGACCAUGUGCACAAUUAUUUAAAUCUAAAAAAUUUAGAAAAAAAUACUACUAGUGUUAUAGACAUAAUAAGUGAAUCUGGAAAAUUAUUUAAAUUACGUUACAAUGAAAAUGUAAGAUUAAAUAGGUUAUGCAUGGAACACAUAAUUGAUUUAGUAUUAUUUUUGGCUAAACAAGAGUUGGCUUUUCGGGGGCAUGAUGAAAGUUCUAAUUCUAUAAAUAAAGGCAAUUUUAAAGAGUUAGUUGAAUUACAUUUUAGUAGAUGCUCAUUAGAAGUACAAAAUCAUUACAAAUCAUUGCAGAAUAAAUUUACAGGUACACAUCAUCAUCCACUGCCAAAUAUUCAUGGAAGCCAUAAAAGAAUGCGAAAUACCAGACAAUCUAUAUGA